AUUGCACGAAGGCUGUGUUGUCGUUGUGGUAGUCGUCACAGCCUUGUAGUUGUUAGCGCCGGGAGCGUGUAAUAUCUGCGGGGUAGAGGUUAGGGAACCCCGCGGCAUCGAGAGCGUCGUCAGGAAAUACCGAUGUUUGCCAUCGGACUGUAAUGACCACCCAAAUCGAUUCGGCUUUUCGCAUGCCUAGGCAUUGCAUAAUAUGAUUAUAGAUCCUUGAUGCUCAAAUCAGGGCAUGGUGCAGACUCCCAAGUAGCCUGAUAGCCCUCCGGCAUAGGCCAGACACAAGGAUGGAGGAUCGUUCGUUCAUGGUCCCGAAGCACACAGGCUGCAAUGUGCUUCCUAAUACCCCACUGUUCAGCCGGUUGCUGAGGUACGCCAGUCGGACGCCUGCUCGCAUAGCAAUCGAUGAUGUACGAUCUACGCAUCAAAGAACCCACCUAGAGCUGCUCUCUGAUGUAUUGGCGUUGCGCGAGACGGUUUCGAACACGCUUGACGCGGCAACACUCGAAGCAUUGGAUCAGAGAGACGAGGUCUACAUUGCGAUUGUGGCGGCCGGUGGCUAUGAGUAUACCGUUGCAAUGCUCACGGUGCUUGCAUUGGGUGCGGCAGCUGUUCCCAUAACACCGGCGCUUCCUGUGGAAGAGGCAGCAUACUUUAUCGAGAAGUCACGGUCUGCACUGGUCCUUGUCAGCUCGUUGGAUCUCAAAAAGUGCUGUGAGCUUGAGAAGCGGAUCGCGUCGACAAGUAACGAGCAUUUUCGUGGCGUUCCAAUUGGCUCGUGUAUCUACGCACCGACAUUGUGUCCGUCGGAGAUUUUAAUCUCCUCAGAUCGUGCACUGGAAGAGAACGCACCUGGAGUCGUCAUAUUCACCAGUGGUACCACCGGCCCUCCCAAAGGUGCUGUCAUGCGUAGAUCAUUCGUUUUCGACUGUGCGCUAUCCGUAGCAGACCACUACAGGCUCGCCGAGGAUGAUGUCAUGUUACACGUCCUCCCUGUCCACCAUGCAACAGGUGUGGGAAUUAACUUUUUUCCAUUCCUCAUAUCUGGCAGUCGCAUUGAAUUUCGUAGCGGCGGCUUCGACGAGGUCUGGAUGUGGGAGCGGUGGAAACAAGGUGCAACCCAUCCACGGCGCCGACUGACCUUCUUUUCGGGCGUACCGACCAUAUAUAUGCGGAUGCGGCGGCAUUACCAACGUCAUCUCGCUAAGCUGCCCUCGCAGGAGUUGGCGAAGUAUAUUGCUGGUGCACGACAGUUCCGUGCAUGCCUUUGCGGAACAUCAGCGUUGCCACAACCACUGAAUGACUUUUGGGCCACGCUCAUGCAAAAGCGAAUAGUGCAGAGAUAUGGCGCGACCGAGUUUGGCGCCGUAUUCAAGGUUCGUCUGGACGACAAGAAAGUCCCUGACGGAUCUGUGGGUCAGAUCGCGAGCGGCAUCGAUAUCAAGCUGUCAGACGGUGACGAGGGUGAAGUGUUGGUGAAAAGCCCACACAUGUUCUCCAAGUACCUGCAGAAUCCUGAAGCCACUGCAAAAGCACACGACGAGGAUGGCUAUUUCCGAACUGGUGAUAUAGCGCGUAGAGAGGGCACCUACUACUACAUCGUUGGCCGGGCGUCCUUGGAUAUCAUCAAGUCCGGGGGCUAUAAGAUCUCUGCAUUAGAUAUCGAGCGUGAGCUGCUCGGACUACCGUACAUUGCCGAAGCCAUGGUAGUGGGCGUUGCUGAUGAGGAGUUUGGACAACGCGUAGCUGCACUAAUCUCGCUGCAAGAGGAAGACUUGACUGAUUCCUUCCUUGAGACAUAUGGCAACGCCGAACACAUACUCACUAUCGAGGACGUGCGGAGGGACUUGCGUGGCAGGCUGGCGGGGUACAAGCUACCGACGCUGCUUCGCAUUACUCCUGGAGAGCUUCCAAAGACAGUGACUGGCAAGGUACAGAAGAAGAUCUUGGGGCCGCAGUUCUUUCCACCUGAUUACGAGACAUGCUCAGAGGUACAACAGUGGAUGAUGCCGGGCAUACAAUUGGCGAAGCUGUGAUUGGCGCUUCUUAUCUCAGGACGAGUGAAAUUGCGAGGCAAUGCCAACAUUGACAAUGAUAGUGUGGGCGAUUCGAAACGUUGAAGCAGAAGCAUCUUGGGAAUGGUGGAAAGGUGGAUGACACAGGUGACGCAAAUUUGCCAAAGUGGCUAGCGCGCUUACGUAGCGGUUGCAGCAACCCGUGGACG